UUGAUAUAUUUUCUUUAGUCUUUGAUUUGUGAUUGUUAUUGAACUGGUUAUAAUUUGUACAUAUCAGUGAUUUAUCUAUUUAAGUCGCGAAUUAAAAUUAAAUGUUGAUAAUUUUCCACACAUUCACAGUGCAGGGCAGCUUAUUAUAGCAGACUGUUUUAGCGCUGGGAAUGAGACAGUUUGUCUUAAAAAAUGCAGUGUUUUGCUACUUUUGCCACAAACGCUAAAAUGAACAAAUAAUUUUCAAUACAUUCGUUCAACGGAUUAUGAUUUAUCUACAAGUUUGCCAUGGAGUCAAAUUUAAAUGAAGAAAAAACACUUAUCCAAGAGGACAAGGAUGACACACGUUCCGUUGAAACUGCAAACAGUACCCAUGAAAAUACGGUUAGUAAAAGAAUGGUGGGCAUGGAAUUACUCCCUGAAAAACAAGAAGAAGACGAGUUGGAGUCAUUAGAUCCUGAGGCAGUUGGGGGUCGGGAAAAGGUUGAUCAGCAUAAAUUUACGGAAGCUGAUACACUCAUGUCACUUUGUGAAACGUCGGCCAGUGCUUUUGUUGAGCCAGCGAUAGAAGAAACCCAAAUAUGUGAGAUACCUAAUGAUACAUUAGCUGUCACUGAAUCGGACAACCAAUCUGCAAGAACGUUUGUAGACCAGCAUAUUGGUGCUGAUGGAGUUUCCAGUCUAGCUGUUGCGUCGACAUUUGAACGUGCAGAUAAAAUAAACGAUUUGAAAGAAAUCACGUUUCCUAAAACUGAUUUAGACAACACAAGCAUUCCACAAAAUCAGGAUUUUGUAGACAAAAUAAGCAACCCUUAAAAUAAUAAUUUUGAAAUUAUUAACAAUCGAAUGGAACCGAUGCUAGAAAAUGAGCAGCAACCGAUACACGGGGAAGUCAAAAUAUCAUUUGAGAGCGAAAUACGCAAACAUGUAACGGAGGUUCAACAACAAAUUGGUGUCUUAGAAGACAAAUUUCGAAAUGACAAUCGUGAAAUGAAGACAUCCGUUGAAACUAUCACAGCUAAAAAUGACGAGAUUGCAAACGGUCUGGAUAACCUUGAAAAACAAAUCCGGCAACAGCAGCAGGAAGAACUUCACAAAGUGGAAAAAAUGGAACAAACUAUCAGCCAAAACAUGAAAGAACUUCAUCAAAAUAAAGAAAUGCUAGACAGAAAAAUGAGCGAAAACGAAGAACGUUGGAAUUCGGUAAUGCGUACCAGUGACACAGAAAAUGCAACAAUCCAAUUGAAGGAACAGAUGCGUUUACUUGAGAAACUCAAGCAGGAAAAUCUCUUUCAAAAAGACAAGUUCAAAGAUUGCAUGAAAGAGAUGCAAAAGGCUAAAGACACAGAGGUAGCCACCUUGAGAAUCCAACUUCAGGAAGCUGAGCAUCGCGGAAGAAUACAUAUACUUCGACAAGAAAUUGAAGCUGCAAAGAAACAAAUAGUGAUAAGUGAAGGAAUACUAACGAAGACUAUUGACGAAAUGACAACAGAGAUAAGUCAGCUUGAAACGAAGCGCAGUGAAUUGCAGGCAUCACUAAGAAACGUAGAUGCAGCUAAUCUUCGCGAGAAACGUGCGCUAGAAAAUCGGAUUGAAUUCUUAGGCGCAGAAGUGGUGAAAAGAAACACAUGCAUAUCGAUAUUGGAGACACGGUUGUCGAAAACGAAGAUAACAAUGAGGAGCUUAGAUCAAUUAAGCGAAAGUGACUACGAAACUUACAGAGGAUUAGUCCAAAGAUGGCAGGAGGACGACGGUCGUUUGCAUGUAGAAAGCGACGAAAUAAAACAGAGGUUCUUUCGUGGUGAUGGUCAGUCAAUUGUAGAAACACUGACCUGGGUUCAAAACACCAUUUCUGGACUUCCAGGAGAUUGCAUUCAUGCCAACGACUUUCAGCGAAUUUCAGAUAUUAUCCGAAAAGCCCUCCGUGGGGAUUAUACUGAAAUUCGGACAGAUUUUGCAUUUACGCAAAGAAAUUGCGUUGUGCAAUGAAGAACGACUGAUAUGGAUUAUUUUAGGAACGCCAUUUAGACUUUGAAUAAGUUUUUUUUUGAAGUACAAUAUUUUGUUAAAUUAAUACAUAUUUAUGGACGCGUGUAUACAGCACGUGUACCUUCACUGUUUAGUAUUUCAAUUGGUCAUUCGAACAUAACGACUGGAAUGGCAUUAUUACGAAAUGGAUUGCACCUGGAGAAGGAACAGAACGAGAUUUACACUAAUAAUGGACGACACUGAUUGAGCUACACUGAAAAAUUGAGACUGCUGCAACAAAGGUAUAACCAACAUCACUGGUUAUGAGAAUAUUACAUGAAUAGUUAUACAAUAACUGUUAAAACAUCCAAACUCUUUGAUACAUAUCACGCUAGACUCAUGCAAAAUAUGUGAUGUCAUUCCCAAUUCAGUUGUUUACAGAAGGUUGUACGUUAAAUACGCAGUGCACCAUUGACUUAUUCUUUUACAACGAACCAGAAACAUUAACAUAGUGAUUGUGGCUGUUUCAAAUCUAUGUUUGAGAUACUAAAUUUGCAUUUCGCUGUAAAUCAACGCAUUCAAAAGGUAAACCUUGUAACGUUUUAUUUCAAAAUGCCUUAAUGCACUGUUAUCUAGUCUUCAUGUAAUAUAUGUUUUGAUUAAGAAGUCAUGCAGUAAGCUAUGCACCUAUGUUGAAGAUGCAAUUAAAACUGAACAUUC